AUGACGGGCGCGGCGGAGGCCCACUACGAGAGAUUCCAGCUGUACGUGGACGACGUCCUGCGCGUCACGGUGCAAGCUACAAACGGCCACGGAGGCAGCGCAUGCCAGGCCUUCACUUGCAUCGUGUGCGAUGUCAACAUGCCUUCGCAGACGUUCUCGCUUUCAGCUGGGCCGCACACAAUCAGAGUCGUGGUUGAUUCUCUCGACGGUCGGUACCACAAUGACGCCUUCUUCCAGAUCUCAUUCGGCAAAAGCAGCCCGACGUGUGGCGGGUGCACUUGCUCGGCGUCGACGCCCAGCCCGACGCCCUUCCCGACCCCGUAUCCGACGCCUUACCCGACGCCCUACCCGACGCCCCACCCGACGCCCUAUCCGACGCCCUACCCGACGCCCAACCCGACGCCCAACCCGACGCCCUACCAGACGCCAGCGAUGGGCGGGGCUGGAGCCUGCGCAUCUGUGGUUGCUACCGGUGAUCCGCAUUUGCAGAACAUUUUUGGUGAGCGGUUCGACCUAAUGCAGCCUGGCAAGCACGUUUCGAUACAGAUUCCGAAGGGAGCGUCUGCCGAGACGACACUGAUUAAUGUAGAGGCCUUGGUACAACAAGUGGGUGGACAUUGCGCAGACAUGUACUUCCAAGAGGUGAAUAUCGCAGGGGCAUGGGCGGAGGCGAGGCAGACAGGCGGUCUUCGUUUUCAAGUUCAGAGGAAGGGGAUGAGUUGGACAAAAUUCGGGGAGUUAGAACUGAAAGUUGUCCGUGGGCACACACAGCAGGGCACCCAGUAUCUGAACUUCUACGUCAAGCACCUCCAUCGUGUUAGGUUCACCAUCGGAGGGUUGCUGGGAGAAGAUGAUCACACGCAGGCGUCGAUGGGCACGGCAGCUUGCGUUCGGCACCUCUCCCUCUUAUCCAUCUCCCAAUGA